UCUCUUCAAAAAAAAAAAGGCUCAGAAGUCACGAGCAGGCUACUGCGGCUCACACCCAGAGGCAAGGCAAUCCCUCCAAUCUCCUAUAUAUUCUCGCCCUCCGUCCUCCGUCCUCCACCCCCUACCCGAGCAAGAACGCAUCGAGCAAUCAGCAGCCACCUCUGCUCAUUACUCGCAGGCAAUGGAGGAGUACCAGCAGGUCCAGCAGCAGCAGCAGGGUGGCCGGGCGAGCAACAAGAUCCGGGACAUCGUGCGGCUGCAGCAGCUGCUCAAGAAGUGGAAGAAGCUGGCCACGGUCACGCCGUCGGCGUCCGGCGGCGGCAAGGGCGGCCGGAGCAGCGUGCCGAGGGGCUCCUUCGCGGUGUACGUCGGCGACGAGAUGCGGCGGUUCGUCAUCCCCACCGAGUACCUGGGCCACUGGGCGUUCGCGGAGCUGCUCCGGGAGGCCGAGGAGGAGUUCGGGUUCCGGCACGAGGGCGCGCUCCGGAUCCCCUGCGACGUCGAGGUCUUCGAGGGCAUCCUCCGCCUCGUGCAAGGAAGGAAGAAGGGCGACGCCGCCGCCGCCAUGUGCGACUGCUCCUGCUCCUCCGAGACGGAGAUCCUCUGCAGAUGACGCCGUCACUGGAGGCCUCUCGCCUGCUCUGAUUCUCUGUUCUUGCUUCUUUUUUUCCUCUCUCCUUCCUCGGGUUGGUUCUUUCUUUCUUCUUGGUUUUUUUCUGAAGAAAGGAGAAGAGGCAGCGUUGCACCGAUUAGAUCUGCAAUUUGUACAACGAUGGGAGGAGAUGAAGGAUUUCUUUUUUCUUGAUCUAGAAGGAUCUAUGUAAGACAAACUAAAAAAAAAUUGGUCUUGCAGAUCCUGAUGAUUUCUGUCA